AUGUCAGAACCCGAUCCUUCAUCUGGAUUUGUAGGAAACAUGGAAAAUGGGACUUUUCUGGAGCUGUAUCCCACAUCCCUUUCAACUUCAGUGGAUUCAUCGCCUGGCCGUUUAUCCAACGUCUAUGUCUAUGUUUCUAUAUUCCUUAGUCUCUUAGCUUUUCUCCUUUUGCUGUUGAUCAUUGCACUUCAGAGGCUGAAAAACAUAAUUUCUUCCAGUUCCUCCUACCCAGAAUAUAACAGUGAUGCUGGAAGUUCUUUCACUAAUUUAGAGGUUUGUAGUAUUUCUUCCCAGCGCUCUGCUCUCUCAAACCUUUCUUCAUGAAACUAAAUGAAAGGAAAUGCACGAGUAAUGGAAGAGCUUUGUCUAGUUUCUUGGGGAGGUAAUGCAUGCAACAUUUGCCUUAGAAGACUAUUAUGAAGAGGUGGCUUUUAAAGUUUCCUUAGGGUUUUUUGUUCUUCCCUUUUCCAGUCUUCAUUUCCCCUUUUACUAAUGUUCCUUUUCAUUUUGGACAACGGAUAAUGACACUUGAUCAUCGUUUCAUGCCUGUAAUAGUGAUGCUGUCUUUUUCUCACACAUACACGGUGUUCAUUAAGAGUAUUCCUGCCAAAUUGUGAUAUGGUUCUAACUGGAUGUGUCAUUUUUCUGCUCUAGUUGUGAACUCUUCCCUGGUUUUGUAUCAGUAAUAUGCUGACUACUUUUAUUUUUCCUUUUUUAAUUAGAUAACGACUUCUGGAGGAAAUCCCUAUUGCAAAAGUAUCAAAAAUCAGCUUAAAUUAUAAAUAUAGUCCUUGGGACAAUUACAGUUGUUGGUAAUGUUUCUUUUUUAAUUUUCACAUCUUUUUCAGUAUUUAUUGAUGUUUAUAAAACACAACUAAAAUCCAUUUCUUGAAGAAUGUUACUUUCAUUUAUUUGUACUCCCAACUCAUUCUGUACAAAGCCUCUGUAUUUCAG